UUGUGGGGAGGAGCGGCCCCAUGACGGAGCGGCAGUUGCUGGAGCUGCUGGCCGGCUGGCAGGACGUGAUCAUGGGCAGCACGCUGGUGAAGUGCGCGGUGACCGACCUGGGGGUGCAGUGGGCCGGCUGGGCGCUGGCAGCCGCCCUGAAGACCGAGAAGUUCUACGAUCUGGCAGGUUCCGGGACGUUUAUACUGCUUGCACACUUGAGUCGUAUGUGGGGAGGAGCCACUCACACCCGCCAGAAGGUGCAGACGGGGCUGGUGACGGCGUGGGGACUCAGGCUGGGGACAUUCCUCUUUAUGCGGAUCUUGAAGGACGGUCACGAUCGCAGGUUUAACCAUGUCAGAGACAGUCCAGGGACUUUCUUUGUGUACUGGACUGUUCAAGCUUUGUGGGUAUUUAUGACCCUGCUGCCCACCCUCAUGCUGAACAGUGAGAAGCAGCAAGGGCCUCUGGGAACCAGGGAUUACAUCGGUUGGACGGUUUGGGGCCUCGGCUUUGCCACCGAGGCUAUUGCUGAUCAGCAGAAGUGGAUUUUUAAGGGUGACCCAGACAAUGCAGGGAAGUUCAUCCAGAGUGGCCUGUGGGCCUACAGCAGACAUCCCAACUACUUUGGAGAGAUCCUGCAGUGGUCGGGUCUCUGGCUGUCUGCGUCCUCCGCGAUGCAGGGUCCCCAGUACCUGAGCGUUCUGUCCCCCGUGUUCGUCUGGUUCCUGCUGCGCUACGUUAGCGGCAUCCCCAUCCUGGAGAAGCAGGCUCUGAAGAAGUGGGGGUCCGACCCCGCCUUCCAGGACUACGUCAAGAACACUCCCCUUCUCUGGCCGUGGCCCAAAUUUUGAUUGUUUUUGAACAUUUAUCAUCAGCUGCUUCACACAUUAAAAACUGUAUUUGAAUGUA